AUGUUUCUGCCCUUAUCAACGCAAAAGCAAAAAAAGUUGCCGUCAGCGCAGAAAGAAGAGACUCAUGCACUCGGUAAAGACGGUGUGAUUAAUAUGCAAAGAACGUUGCUCUAUAAGGAUGAUGUUAACAUGCAACCACAAAGAAUGUUUCACCAUAAAGAUGAUGUUAAUAUGCAAACGCAAAAUUCGUUGCCAUCAGCACAGAGAGAAAAGGCUCAUACAUGCGAUAAUGAUGCUAUAAUUAAUAAAAUAAUGGGUAUACUACAUAAGAACACAGAUAACACAAUAAAAGAGAUUACUAGUGUGCUGCCACUUAGAAAUAAAGAACAGACGGAUGAAAUGCAGCGCAAGAAUAAGGAAUUCAAAGAACAGACAGAUGAAAUGCGACGUAAAAAUAAGGAGCUCGAAAAACAGGUAAAUGAAAUGCAAAGUAAGAAUCAGGAGCUCAAAAAACAGAUAAAGGAAAUACAAAGUAAGAAUGAGGAACUCGAAAAUCAAAUAGAAAAAAAUAAAUUGGAGGCACAAAAAACUAUUGAUCGUUUAACACGUGAGGCAUCAAAAUAUCAAGCUGAAUUGGGUAGAACAAUGAAUGUUCUAAGCAAUGAUUUCAACAACUCCUGUCAACUUAGAGAAGAUAUUGAGACUUUAAAAAAAACUCUGGAAAAAUUCUCACUUGUUAAGCCCGCUAAAGAUUUUGAUAUUAAUAGAGAGGAGGUAAUCGGGCUUUUAAAGAUGUAUAAAUGUACAAAUUUUGUAGACGACGUGCAUUAUAAGUCAUUACUUCAAGCCGUAUUACAGAGAUUUAUUCUUGAAUCAAUGGUUGAAUAUAUUGAUCAAUAUUUUUCAAAAACCAACCGUUCAGAACUUGAACAAAAAAUCGUUGAAAACACGAAAACUCUGUUAAAUAAUAUGGAUAGUUUUGCUAAAUCUCGUAAAGGCAAUGAUAACAUUACUCAAAAUUUACCAGUACGAUUUAGACAACAAAUCUAUAGUGUUUUAAGUAGUCGUGGGUUCACCUCAAUUGUAUCGCCUAGAGGCACUACAGAACAUCCAUUUAUUAGUGACCUCCAAAAAAAAUUAAUUAUAACGAUGAACAAGUUUCGAAUUGUAAAAGAUCCUAACAAAGAGAAGAUUUUUAUAGACAUGGCAGCAAAACUUUCUCGCGAUGUUAUUAGAAUAUUCUUUUUCGACUUAAAGGCUCAAGAACAAAUAGCCGAUUCACCCAUCUGGUUUGAAUGUAAUACACGAGUAAAUCCUGAUUUUAUGGAAGGUGCAUUUGAUCCCGAUAAUUGUCAAGAUGAGGUUGUGCAAAUUUGUGCAUUUCCUCUUAUAGGCAUUGAUUUGAACAACGAGAAAAAACGGAAGAUACUUAGUAAAGCAAAUGUUCUUAUAGCACGACGUAAGACCAAUUAA